UACACAGUACUUCAUACUACCCCAAAAAAACAAUUCUCCGAAAAUAAAGCAAUUGGUUUGCUAAAUAAAAAAAAGGAAUUAAAGAUUUUGUAGCGUUUGAUACAAGAAGUUACCACUUAUACUUAAAGUCGAGAAUUAUUCACGAUUGUGUCUCAAAGGUGAGAUAUAUUACCAAUUCAUGGAUAUUGCGGAUCGAAUUUUGCAAAACAACGUUAUUUCAGGAAUUAUAUUUUUUACCUUAAGAUCUAUAACCCUUAGUCUUGUUUUCGUCACAAAAUUUUCUUUAAGUAUACUAGCAUUCGCUUCAAUAACUUUACCAAAAUGGACCUAUAAAGUUUUAAGUUACUCCUUAACGAUUCAAUUUAGUUUCAAGUCAUUACUUUUCUUAUCCUUUGUUUCCUUUUGCGUUGCCAUCUUGAUCAUUCGUUACAGGUACCUAAACAAAUACUCUCGACUUCCUCACGAAGCCCCAAUAAGAGAGGCUAAGCUUGGUCCUGAUGCUAGCGUCCAAAUAAGUGAACCAAAAAUCGGGUUUCAAAAUUAUCUCGAUGAGUUUUUAAGUGCCAUCAGUAUAUUUGGGUACUUAGAAAAACCUGUCUUUGUAGAAUUAGCUCGGCAUAUUCAAACUCGACGGGUUGCUGAAGGAGAUACAAUUGAUCUUGACGAAGAAUCUUCUUUUAUCCUGGUUGUGGAUGGCUGUUUUCAAGUUUAUACAUCUACAGAACCUUCCAAUGAUGACGGUUCAAGAGAUCCAUCAUCCCUGCAUUCUGAGUACAGGCUUCUUACUGAAGUUUCCAAUGGUGCCCCGCUUUCUAGCUUUUUCACUGUCUUAGAAUUAUUCACAGAAAUUGUUCCAGAAGUUUCAAUUGUCCCAAGCACCACUCAGUCCACAGGUACGCCAACAGAUCUUGUAGACAACCCUUUCCCUGUAAACAGCAUUGGCUCUAAAAAAUCACAGUCGAAAGAUCAAUUUAAACUAAAGGAGAAAUCUUCAAUUGUUGCUAAAGCUAAAUGCGAUACUACGAUAGCUGUUAUACCCGGAAGCGCCUUUCAUCAUUUGGUUCGUAAAUUCCCUAAUUCCAGUGCUCAGAUAGUUCAAGUUAUUCUUACACGUUUUCAACGAGUUACAUUCUCUACAGGCUUUGAGUAUCUUGGAUUGUCCGAUGCUAUUUUCAGUAUAGAGAAAAACUUCAAUGCUAUCACCUCUUAUGAAUUGCCAAAUUAUAUUCGUGGUGAUAUCAUUGAAACUUUCAAAAAUGAAGCAAAAUCUGAGAAUAGGAAUAAGAAAGUUAAAGGCGGUAUUAUUUUAUCUCAAAAAAGGGGCCCUGCCCAUCGUACUGGCAACUUUAAUAGAAAUUUUGAGGUUUUUGGGUCUGAGGUUGAUCGUUCAACAGCAAAUGCGGGUGACUUACUUUCUUCUACAAAUCCUCACGCUACUCUUUCUCAAUCAGUCGCUCCAAAUAUGAAGCGGUCACCGCUUCGUCGAGCAUACUCUAGAGAAGUGGGUGAUUAUGAUGUAUAUUCCUCUUUUAGGAAUGGUUUGUUACAUUGCAUUCUGAAUUCUCUUGGCAUAGCCAAUUAUGGUAUAAAAUCCCAGAGUACUGCUUCUUCAGUGGAUGAUGAGUUGUCUUCUGGCGAGCAAGAAAGUAUUAAAUCUACUGAUCAAUCUGAAAAGUCUAGCAAAGUUGACUUCUUAGGUCAACUUGCUAUGAUGAGUGCUACCGGCGUCAACGAAGAUACUAAAAGCCCUGCAAUAAGCAACCAAAAACAAUCUACUAUCCUCGAGUUUGCCAAAGAAAUUGAAAUUAUUUUCUAUAAGAAAAAGACUACCGUUGUUCAGCAGGGUGAUCAUGCAGAUGGCGUAUUUUAUAUCAUUGAUGGUUUUCUGGAUGCAACUUGUCCAUCUAAAGUAGCUACUUACGGCACUCAAGAACAAUUAGAGCAACAUUCUUUUAUGAUGAAACCAGGUGGUUUGGUAAAUUAUCAAGCUUGCGUUUCCAACUAUCGGUCGUUUGUGAACGUAACUGCUAGGACAGAUGUCUUAGUAGGAUAUUUGCCGCGUACCGCUCUUGAAAGAAUAAUUGAACAGGAACCUCUAAUUUCUCUUAUCAUUGCUAAAAGACUUAUAUCUUUAGUUCCUCCUUUACUACUUAAACUUGAUUUUGCAGUCGGUUGGAUUCACCUAAAUCCCGAUCAAGUAUUAUUUCAUAAGGGAGAUCCAAGCGAUUCAAUAUACGUAGUUCAAAACGGACGUUUAAGGUCUAUUGACGACAGUAAUACGAAAGCAAAUUCUGAUUACUUUGAUGAAUAUGGAAAUGGUGAUAGUGCAGGUGAACUGGAAAUGCUAAUCAAUGCCCCAAGAAGCAGUACAUUAUUUGCAAUUCGAGAUUCAGAACUUGCAAAAAUCCCUCAGACAUUGUUUAAUGCUCUCUCUCUUAGCCACCCUGCUGUUGGUCUGCAGCUCUCAAAAAUCAUUGCAAACCGAAUGCAUAUAAUGCUAAAUAACAAGUUCAUUUAUGGAGGUAUUCAUCAAACUAAGAGGGAAAAGCAUAGUAUACGUACACUAGCUGUUGUACCUUCUUCUUCAACCGCAUUUUUAAUACUUUUCUCUCAAAAAUUAACAUUUUCCUUAUCCGUUUUGGGUAUAUCCGUUAAAAUAUUGAGACAGUCCUCAGUUUUAGAACAUUUAGGAAAAUACGCUUUUAGUCGCAUGGGUAGAUUCAAACUUGCGAGCUAUCUUUCGGAUUUGGAAGACAAAUAUGAUAUUUUGAUUUACGUUGCUGACACAAAUGUUGGUACUACCUGGUUUCAAACUUGCGUACGGCAAGCUGAUUGUAUAUAUAUCCUUGCAGAAGCAGAUCGGAAUCCUCGAAUUGGGGAAUUUGAAAGUUACUUGAUUGCAAUGAAAUGUACUGCUCGAAAAGAGUUAGUACUUAUACAUCCUGAGAGAUUCUGUCCUUCAGGAUUAACAAGAACGUGGUUAAAGGAGCGUCCAUGGGUAUACGCUCAUCAUCACUUACAGUUACGCGCUGGACGGGACAAUGAAAUGGUUGAUCAUAACGAUGGAAAAGAAUUUCUCAACAUAAUUAGGUCCAAAGUAAUGAAUCUUCAUUAUGGAUUUAGAAAAUACAUCGAUUGGAAACACCUACAUCCUGUCUAUCAAACGAACCGAGCACAGGAGAGUGACUUUGCACGUUUAGCUAGGAGGAUUUGCGGCAAAGCUAUCGGACUGGUUUUAGGAGGUGGAGGUGCCAGAGGGAUCUCUCAGAUUGGUGCUCUAUAUGCAUUAGAAGAAGCUGGAAUUCCUUUUGAUAUUAUUGGUGGUACGAGUAUAGGAGCAUUCAAUGGCGGAUUGUAUGCCCGCGAAGCUGAUCUGGUGCCAAUGUUUGGUCGGGCGAAGAAGUUUUGUGGAAGAAUGGCAAAUUUAUGGAGAUUUGUACUAGAUUUGACUUAUCCUCAGGCUGCUUACACCACUGGCCAUGAAUUUAAUCGAGGUAUCUGGAAAACAUUUGGUGAAAGUCAUAUUGAGGAUUUUUGGCUACCAUUUUAUGUAAAUACGACUAAUAUAACUCAUUCUCGUAUGGACGUUCACUCAAGUGGUUAUGCUUGGAGAUAUAUUCGAGCUAGUAUGUCUUUAGCCGGUUUGGUACCUCCAAUGCUCUCCGAUAAUGGGGAUAUGCUAUUAGAUGGAGGUUAUAUGGAUAACCUUACUGUAACACACAUGCAGUCUCUUGGAGCUAACACAAUAUUUGCAAUUGAUGUUGGAAGUGAGGAUUCUCGUUUGGCAAUGGAUUAUGGAGAUACUGUUUCGGGUGCUUGGGCUUUAUUCGCUCGUUGGAUUCCUUUUAUUUCGAAAAAAGCAUAUCCUUCACUCGCUGAUAUUCAGUCUAGAUUAACAUAUGUUACGAGUGUUGCUAUUGGCGAGAAAGUUAAAUCGACACCAGGUUGUUUUUAUAUGCGUCCUCCUGUUACAGAUUUCAAAACGCUGGAAUUUGGAAGUUUCGAGAAGAUCUAUGGUGUUGGUUAUGAAUACGGCAAAGCUUUUAUUGAUAAGCUCAAGACAGAAGGUAAACUUGACGGGAUUCUUGGAACUAGUACUCAGUACCAAAAGUAUCCAAAGUAUUUAUCGCCCCGACGGAACUCAUUAUAAACGAAUGUUAUGAUUUUUGAUACAAACUGUAUUUACAAUAUAGUCGUAUUGAAAUGUAUAAUGAAUAUUAUUCAUAUUCGACAACCUUUUUCUUGCAAGGUUCAACUACUGCACAAGUGGAUUUUAAUACUUUUUGUGAUACACAAAGGAAGGCUAGUUAGAAUAAUAUAUAUGAAAAUAUCUUUUAUUUAUUG